GCAGGUUCAAGUUGUAUAUAAGGCUUAUAUAUAAAACAGUGGGCUUCACUUCAGACGAAUCAGUGCAAAGAUGUUCCUUAAAAGUUGGAUUUUCGUAACAAUAUUAGUGGCCGUUGCCUAUGCGGCAGUAGAGCCUUUGGACCUUACAUCCAUUGAGGAAACACAGGAUGUAUCACAAUCAGAACAGCACGCACGUGAAAAAAGAUUUCUCGCUAAAAAAGCAUUGCUACUCGGAGGUGCUCUUGGUGCAGUUGGUGCUGCUGGUCUUGGUGUUGGAUUACUCAAGGGCUCACUUCUUAGCGGAGGAUUACAUCGCCCCGUGCAUUAUAAUCCUGUUUAUCGUGAACCUUAUUAUGCAUCGAAUUACGGAUAUAGUGGUGGCAAUGGCGGUGGCUAUGGCGGUGGCUAUGGCGGUGGUUACGGUAAUACCUACGGUAGUGGUUACGAUAGUGGUUACGGUGGUGGCAGGCCACGAGCUACGGCUUAUGCAUCUGCUGGAGCUAGCUCCUGGUAAAUGAAGAGGAAUCAUUUUGGCUCAGACGACCGAGU